UUGACGGCUUGCGGUGGCACCAGUGCGACCGGUGCCUGUUUCCGAAUGUAGCCUUUAUAUCAGCGUGAUGUUGAUGCAUCCGGGAAUUUCCCUUUACCGAGAACUAAAACUGAAGUAAACGUGAACUGCAACUGGAUGCCGGUGUGUAGAUGGUGUUGACGUUUUGCGCAUUUAUUAAAUUGUAACUGAAAGUAAAACUUGAUGCUAAAGGUUUCUUCUAAUCAGGUGUGUGAAAAUCGUUAGCUAUUGUGAAGCUCAUCAUGCGUAAUAUUAUUCCCUGUUCAUUGUUUUUGACUAUUUUGGUAUUCACAUGCUAUCUUCAUUCUGAUGCAACUUUUCUGGAAAAAAAACCAAAACAAGAUUGUGGUGGAAACUUGACACACGCAUCUGGAUCAUUUCAUUUAACUGUUUGGGCAAAGCCUCGUUGCAUAUGGCUUAUUGACACGAGCAAUGCCAAUCAUUCUAUUGGAAUAAAUUUGCUGUUUGAAGCACUAUUUAUUCAUGAAAAUGACGUAAUUAACUUAUAUAAAAAUGAAAACGAUAUUGGAAAUGCCAGUUUAUCAAUGAAAUCUCUUCAAGCACAAAAUGGCUCGGUUGUAAUUACUACGGAUGAACAGGAACUUUACGUUGUAUGGGAUGGCAGUGAUGAAAAUUUUGUGAGAAACUUUAAAGUCUUAUACUAUAGUCAAAGUUGUUCUUUUCCUAUCACCAGGGAUGUUCAAUUAAUGCAUUCCCCUAUUCUGCUAAAUACCAAUGAAUCUGCAUCUGAAGUUGAAUGCACGUUUACUUUUAAUGAAGACUUGCACUGGCCAUACAUCCUUCCUUCUGUUAUCUUUGAGGAAUUCAAUCUUACUCAAUCUACUGUUAAUGUUGAUGGAGCCACAUUUUUUGGAAAUUAUAAUCACAAUCCUCCAGUUGACUUUUUCCCCAACUGGGCAGACAAGAAAAUAAUGCAAAUAACUUCCAAAAUGAUAAAACAUACUACAGAAUAUUAUAGAUUUCGUCUUCAUUAUGUAGAUAAAAGUUGUAGUGGCUUAGUGAAAGUGGUGGACACAAGAUCUAGUCACCUUAUUUCACCGAAAUAUCAACUUAAUAAUGGAUCCCACAUAACUGAAUGCCGUAUGGUCAUUCAACAUUUAGAUCCUAAAUUAAUUUUGGGUUUAGUUUUUGAGAGUGUGUCCUUUGACCAUGUGAAUGAUAUGAUUGCAAUUAAUGAUGGUGCUAGUGAACGUUCCUCACCAUUACUGCAAGUAACCGUUUCAAACAAAAACAAAGCAAUGUCUCAGAUGAUACGAUCAACGGAAAACUAUAUGUGGAUAUCUUUUAAUCCAGAGACUUAUGCUUCAUAUUUCUCAGCAAAUGUCACUGUCCAUGGACAAGGUGGGUACUUUAAAAAUACUGGAAGCAUAAAGAUGAAUACAACAGAUGGAAAUGAUUCCAUAUUUUUGUUAGAGGUUGAAGAUAAAAAAGUUGUUUCAUUAAGGUUCACUUCUUCCAACAUUCAACCCCCUGGAAAACUAGAUAUUUAUGAUGGAUUUGAUACCAGCAAUUUGUUAGCUUCACUCAGUGGCAACAUAUGGUAUCCUGUUUUAGGAAAGUCUUCCUAUUUAAUGGCUAUUGCCACCAACUUUCAGAACAGUACUUUUGCUGCUGACUUUAGUGGCAUAACUCCAGGCUGUGAUUAUAUGAGUACUCUAACUUCAGAAAAUUACAUUUUGAAUGAAAACUGUAAUACAACUUGCCAGUGGGUUAUUCCGCCUCAGAACCUAUCCAAUUCAAUGCUUGCUUUAGAUCUGCAAUACUUCUCACUAAGCAGUGAUUCCAAAAUAGAGAUACAGAAGCUAGAUCCAAAGAAAACGCUCGUCGGUAGCAUUACACCUGAUACUACUCAUGUACCUCAGCUUAUUAUUGAAGCUGAGGUUGGAGCUCUGGUCACAGUUACUCAAGGAAAGUGUAUGAAUCAAUCAAAUAAUAUUGUUUUAGUUGGACAUUCAAGCUAUAUACCAACUUGCGAGAAACGUUUUUCACCUGUGCCAUCAGAAUCAUUUCUCAUCACUUCUCCACGAUACCCAGACACUUAUCCUCUACUUGCCAAUUGUCAAUGGAAUGUAUCUGUUCCCAAAGAAAAUUUUGUUUUUCUGACUUUUGAAUCACUGCAGUUGGCGUCAAAACAUUGCCUCAAAGUUUCUGCUGGAAAUAAAACUGUUCAGAUUUCUGGAAAUAAAUUGCCCAACGAUAUGUUGUUAAAAGGAUCAACUGUAAUUGAGUUUGAUUCCAAAGAUUGUGGUCAAUCAUUAAAGGCAGAUAAACUAGUUUCUGAUGCUGGUUUUGUGCUAAAUAGCACUAUUGCUGAUUGUGGUGGUGUCCUUCAAAAUCAAAAAUCAGGUGAAUUUAACACAAGUACUUUGGGGAAUAAGACCUUUUGCGUAUGGAUAAUCAGCGUUCCCGAAACAACAGGAAAUGCUUCUGUUAACAUCAUUUCUUAUUCUUUUGUGAAGAAAGACAGCCAUGAGAACUAUGAUAUGCAUGUCUAUGAUGGAAGUUCUGUCAGAGAUGUUGAAAUAACCAAUACAAGUGGUUCAGUAUAUUGGGGGCGUACCAACAGCUUAGUAUUCGUCUACAAGCGUCUGGAUCAUUCCAAAGCGUCUUCUGUUUUGGUUUUCAACUAUAACACAAUAAAUUGCAAUUCAUCAAUGCUGUGUAAGAAUAUGAUUUGUAUGCAUCCUGAUUGGAAAUGUAACGGUGUCAACGAUUGUGGAGAUUUUUCAGAUGAAGACAAUUGUGGAGGAUUAACUCCAGUUCCACCACACGUUGAAAGCGAAGGCUAUUCUAAAUCAGCAUUUUGGUCUACUGUAAUCAUAUUGUUUUUCAUUGGCAUUGCGAUUGGACUGGUGGGGCUCCAUUUCUAUCACAAGCACAGAGGAGGUGGAUACCGUCAAUUUGGAGACAUUUCUGCAAUUGAAUAAUUGUAUUCUGCGGUACGAAAAAACUUUUGAAUAAAAAAAAUGUAACUUGGCUGUUUAUAUAUGUAUGUUGAUAUGUAUAGGCAUUCCGGUAUAUAACUCUCAUCUAUGGUAUCAAACCACUCUUUAAAUUUUUCCGCAAAUAUACCCCUUUUAUUUUAUGUGAUUCUCUUAUAUUUUGAGGUAUAUCAGGAGAGAAAUAUGGUGAACUUCACACACUAUUUGAUAGUAAACAUACGCUAUUGGGGUUUUUUAUUUUUGUGAACCAACAGCAUUUAACUAUGGCAUUUAGCUACUCAGCAUCCUGGUUUCUAUCUCUCUUUUUUCCCAGGUAGAAAUUUUGUUUCCGUCACUUAUCUUUCCCAUCUGAUUAAAAUCUGUCAUUUUUAUACCUAAUGUAUUUGCAAGUACACUUAAAUUUCUAUCUUAAUUUUUACUGGAAAAAUGUAUCGUUAUAUGCCUGAAUGUCCGGCAUAUAUAUAUAUAUAUAUAUAUAUAUAUAUAUAUAAUAUAUGCAUACAUCUGUUAUUAAAAUUGUGAAACAUUAACAAUUUAUCAAUAAGCAGUGCAAUUUAGAGUACCAAAUUUAAAUUGAAUUAUUGUACGAGUUAUAAAUUUCAUACUAGCAUUUAUGAUGGUUAAUAUUCCAAUGAUUGAGGUAUUUGUGUUCCUGAAAAAAUCACCAGAAGACUUUUCAAUAAAGAAAUUCAGAAUAAGUGAUUUAGAAGAAAAUCCUUUGUGGUUUUAUUCAGCUAUUUUCAGAAUUUUUUGUUACGUCAUUUUUUACCUGAAGUUCUUUUACUGCACUUUCACAUAAGCAUAGUUAGUUACUUGGCAGUUAAUCUAAUUGCUCCUGAUUUCCCAUUCAAAGUUUGCAAGUAUUUUUGGAUUCUCAGUAGAUUGUUUUUGCAAGGCUUCAAAUUAAUAUUUUGUGAUGCAAAGGACUAACUUGGAAGGAUUAGUUUUGUACAAAUGUAUUGUCACUUACCAAACACAAAAGCAGUUGGAUAUUUCUUAUUCUCCUUGCUCAUUCACGCGCUACCUUAUAUUUUGUACUCGGGAACCAACUGUGCAAGGGCUGAGACUGGCUCGUCAAAAGUUAGACUUGUCAGUUGGUAUGCAGUUUAAAACAUAGUCACUGCAAAAACAAGAAUUUUAACUCUACAAUUGCUUGCCAACAUCUGGAGGGAAAUCAUGAGCAGACUGGAUAUCCUAUGAGUAACUUACUUGCUUCACCCGAAGUGCACUGGUGGGACAUUUCAUGUUAGCAAAAAAAAAAAAAAAAUCAAUUAUUGUUUUAUAAAAAGAAAUUUUCUACCCUAUCACUCACUCUAAAUUUGUACAACCAAUCUAUCAUUUAUGGAGACCAUGUGUAUCAAUGUAUAUAUACAGUAAUGCUCAUUUGUGGUUAAUAGUUGUGUUUUAAUUGUCUAUGUACUAUGUUAAUGUUUCUGCAGAGGCUAAAAUCUGCUUCAGUGAAAAUGUUUAAAUUAAUGCAAUUUCACUGAGCAAGAGCUUAGGUUUGUGCCUUAAAAAUGUUUCUUUUUUGACGAGUUAAGACCGCCCAUUAUAGCAAUUCAAUAACUUCAUGUUCCCACUGCGUCAUGAUAAGAUAAACAAAGAUCUUGGUUUAACCUGUUAUGACGACAUUGUUUAUGCAAUGAAAUUCUUUUAAGCUAACAACUUCAAAGUGAAGAAUUUCCUUUCUUCUAAAAUAUUCUUUUUGAGUAGUCCGGUUUCAAGUUUUCAGCAAGGUCAUUAAAUUCACAACUAACUCCAAAGAAGUGAUUGUCAUCAAUUGGAAUCCUAGAAAACCAAAUUAAAAGCUACAAAGUUGACAUACAUUAUCCUGGAAUUUUUCCUAAAAUCGACUGGAAAACCUGGAAAUGUCAGGGCAUUUUAUUCUUGAACUUCUGUGGCAACCCUGUACAGUGCAAGAAAUACUUGUCACACCUAAUUUUUGUACUUCUGUUUCAACUUCCCACGUCUUUUUCUAUACUUUGAAUUCAGCAUGGUAAUGCAAUUUUACUUAUUGUUGCGAGUGAUUUAAGCUUUUGUUUUUUCCGUUAAUGACUGUGAUGCAUACUACUUUACAUGAGAUAAUUUGCUUAAAAGCAAAGCUUUUAAAAUUGAAGGAUUGUGGCUGAAAUUUGAUUGCAGUGAUAAUUCUUUACUGAAAAAAAAAAAUGCAACCAUCAAAUCAAAUUUUUACUGUAGCAAGAUGUUUUGAUGAAGCCCUUAAAAGUCAUUUAAAGUCUAUAAAUAACUUUUAGCACAUUUACUCAUUUCAAAUAAAGCAUAGCCAUUAUUUUUCAAAACAUCAGAAUAUGUUUAAUGAAAAUAUUCACAGUGGAAAUAGAUAGGAAAAAAUGAACAUCAAUUAUCUUUUCCUUAUUCAAUUCUGUCUGAAAUUCUUACAUUUGUUUUUGAAGUGACAAAAAUAUAGUGGAAUGUAAUUAUUGUUAAUUGAAUGCAAAGUGACAUCAAGAAUUCAAAUUAUUUUUUAUUUCUUUUGUAACUAUUGAAAAUUUAUUCAAACCUUUAUUUUAUAUUAUUCUACUGACUUAGGUUCUCAAUUUUAAAUUGUCCUGUUUUUUACUAUUUUGCAUACUGGGUCUUGAACAGCAUAUACAUUUACACUGUUUUUACUUAAUUCUUGCUUUUGUGAAUGAUAUAUUAGCUUCAGAGAAUUAAAUAUACACCAUAACAAUAAUAUAAUAUACAAAAGAAUUACAUUCGUUUUUGUGAGUUUUCUUUUUAAUUAUGUUUUUUAAAUAUUAUUUACUAAUAGAUUUUGUUCAUUAACCCAAAGAUACAUGAAAUUUUGAUCUUAAAAGCUGAUCAACUUUAGGUAUAUUCUUAUCUAGCUUACAACAUGGUGUAAUAUUUUUUAAAAAAAAUUUUAGUUACUUGUUUCUGAUUUCAUAAUUAAAAUACAAGGUGUGUAAAAGUUUAAAAGUUUUUUUUAGUGCUAAAAACCCUUUGACAUUAUAUGCUUCAUGACCUAGACUUAUGUUGGAAAUUUUUUUGUUGUUUUAUUGAACUAUUGUAAUUGUUUAUUCAAUUAAUAAAAAAAUGUUUUCAAUUAGAA